UGAACUGGCAGCGGUAACACGAGGGGUGAAACCCAAAACUUAUUCAUUUAGCUUCUGGUUCAACUAUAUUUACUCCUAGUUUUUCACAGUUUAUGCAUUCAUUUUUAUUUUUGGACCGGGUAACCAAAAGGAGCAACUAUAAGCAAAUAUGACAAAAAUCCUCCUAGCGUCUAGCGUAGUUAAAUCUCUUAGACAGGGGUAUGUGGUUGGCAGAAGACACCCAACGGGCUGGCUGAGGCUUCAAACUACUAAACUUUUCAGUGCGAAGGCUCAGACAGCCCACCUGGUCUUGGAGGAUGGCACCAGGAUGAAAGGGUUUUCCUUUGGGCACGGUGCCUCUGGAGCUGGGGAACUGGUCUUCAAUACUGGCCUGGUAGGGUAUCCCGAGGCCCUGACUGACCCCAGCUACAGAGGUCAGAUCCUGACCCUGACCUACCCGAUUGUUGGGAACUACGGGGUUCCUGACACCCAGGAGCUGGACGAGCUGGGGCUGAGGAAACAUGUGGAAUCGGAACGCAUACAGGUGUCUGGUCUUCUAGUUCAAGACUACAGCCACGACUACAGCCACUGGAAUUCUGUUAAGUCUCUGGGUCAAUGGCUGCAAGAAGAGAAGGUUCCUGCACUGUUUGGGAUAGACACCAGAAUGCUGACCAAGGUCAUCAGAGACAAGGGCACAGUUUUGGGGAAGAUUGAAUUUGAUGGGCAUCCUGUUGAGAUCUGUGACCCCAACCAGAAAAACCUUGUAGCAGAGGUUUCAACCAAGGAAAUUCGAGUUUUUGGAAAAGGCAACCCCAUUAAAGUGGUAGCUGUUGAUUGUGGCAUUAAACACAACAUCAUUCGGCUGCUGGUUAAGCGUGGUGCAGAAGUCCACCUGGUGCCAUGGGACCAGGAACUGCAGAGUCUCGACUACGAUGGCCUGUUCAUAUCCAAUGGGCCAGGAGAUCCGUCUCUGGCCCAGAAACUCAUCCAGAACGUGCGCAAGGUGCUGGAGAGUGAUCGUCCGGAACCUGUGUUUGGGAUCUGUAUGGGCAACCAGAUCACUGCUCUGGCUGCAGGAGCCAAGUCAUACAAGCUACCUAUGGGCAACAGAGGGCAGAACCAGCCGGUGCUGAAUGUGAUGACAGGCCAGGCCUUCAUUACAGCACAGAACCACGGUUACGGCAUCGACAGUGAGUCCCUGCCCCCAGGGUGGAGCCCGCUUUUCACCAACGCCAAUGAUGGCACCAAUGAGGGCAUCAUGCACAACACUAAGCCUGUUUUCACCGCCCAGUUCCACCCAGAGGCUAAGGGUGGUCCCACUGACACAGAGUUCCUCUUUGAUGCCUUCAUAUCCCUGAUCAAGAAAGGAAAAGACGCCAACAUCGUGUCAGUCAUGCCAUCAAAACCCGACAUUCCUCCCAGAGCCCAGGUAUCAAAGGUGCUGGUGCUGGGUUCUGGUGGUCUCUCUAUCGGUCAGGCUGGAGAGUUCGACUACUCUGGGUCUCAGGCCGUCAAGGCAAUGAAGGAAGAAAACUUGAAGACAGUACUCAUGAACCCAAACAUAGCUUCAGUCCAGACAAAUGAAGUGGGCUCCAAGCAGGCCGACUCGGUCUACUUUCUGCCAGUUACGCCAGAAUUUGUAACUGAGGUCAUCAAGACCGAGCGUCCUGAUGGCAUCCUGCUCUCCAUGGGUGGACAGACUGCACUCAACUGUGGAGUGGAAUUAUUCCAGCGUGGCGUCUUGGAGAAGUACGGAGUGAAAGUCCUUGGAACCCCAGUGGAGUCCAUCAUGGCCACCGAGGACAGGCAGCUUUUUGCUGACAAACUGAUGGAGAUUAAUGAGAAGAUUGCACCCAGCAUCGCUGUAGAGUCGGUGUCCGAUGCCUUAAAAGCAGCAGAGCAGAUAGGCUAUCCGGUGAUGUUACGAUCAGCCUACGCCCUCGGAGGUCUGGGCUCCGGUCUGUGUGCCAGCAAGGAAAAGCUGCAGGAAACCGCCCACAAGGCUCUGGCCAUGAGCAGUCAGAUUCUGGUGGAGAAGUCUCUGCUGGGCUGGAAGGAGGUGGAAUACGAGGUGGUGAGAGAUGUGGCUGAUAACUGUGUCACCGUGUGCAACAUGGAGAACUUCGAUCCACUGGGGAUCCACACAGGUGACUCCAUAGUGGUGGCACCGAGCCAGACGCUGUCCAAUGAGGAAUACCACAUGCUCCGUGAGACGGCUAUCAAGGUGGUACGUCACCUCGGGAUUGUAGGCGAAUGCAACAUCCAGUACGCCCUGCAUCCGUCGUCUCUGGAGUACUGCAUCAUUGAAGUUAAUGCUCGGCUCUCAAGAAGUUCAGCUCUGGCAUCCAAAGCCACUGGGUAUCCCUUGGCAUUUGUAGCUGCGAAGCUAGCUCUGGGAAUCCCUCUGCCAGAAAUCAAGAACGCAGUGUCAGAGAAGACCACGGCCUGCUUUGAGCCCAGUUUAGACUACAUCGUCACUAAGAUUCCUCGCUGGGACCUGGACCGCUUUCAGGGCAUGUCCCGUGAAAUAGGCAGUUCCAUGAAGAGCGUCGGAGAGGUGAUGGCAGUGGGACGGACCUUUGAGGAGAGUGUACAGAAGGCCUUGAGGAUGUGUCAUCCAUCAGUGGAUGGCUUCAUGCCCCGGCUGCCACUCAAGAAAGCCUGGGCCGACACCCAGGAUCUGCAACAGGAGCUGGCUGUCCCCUCCAGCACUCGCAUCUUCUCCCUCGCCAAGGCUCUCCAUAGUGGCGUUAGUGUUGAUCAGAUCCACCAGCUGACGGCCAUCGACAAGUGGUUCCUUCAUAAACUCCACAGGAUAACGCAGCUGGAGCAGCACCUUGGAAGCUACAAAAGUGGCUCUGUACCCAAGGGACUGUUGCUGAUGGCCAAGCAGAACGGCUUCUCAGACCAGCAGGUUGGUCAGAUUCUAGGCUCCAGUGAAGGACAAGCUAGAGAGCUGAGGCUUGCUUAUGGGAUCAAACCCUGGGUCAAACAGAUUGACACCUUGGCUGCAGAGUAUCCUGCAAUGACCAACUAUCUAUACUGUACUUAUCAUGGUCAGGAGCAUGAUCUGGACUUUAAAGACCAGGGAAUUAUGGUUCUUGGUUGUGGACCUUAUCACAUUGGCAGCAGUGUUGAGUUUGACUGGUGUGCAGUGUCCAGCAUCAGGGCCUUGAGACAGAUGGGCAAGAAGACGGUGGUGGUCAACCACAACCCCGAGACGGUCAGCACUGACUUUGACGAGUGUGACCGCCUUUACUUUGAAGAGUUGACCCUGGAACGUAUUUUGGACAUCGCCCAACAGGAGGGUUGUUCUGGAAGCAUCGUGUCAGUGGGAGGUCAGAUUCCCAACAACCUGGCCGUCCCCUUGCACCUGAAUGGGGUGAAGAUUCUGGGGACGAGUCCUCUGCAGAUUGACCGAGCUGAGGAACGCUCCAUCUUCUCCAGGAUCCUAGAUGACCUCGACGUGGCCCAAGCCCCGUGGAGGGCCCUGAGCUCUCUGGAAGAUGCUUUUGCCUUUGCUAACCAGGUGGGAUAUCCAUGUCUCCUGAGGCCCUCAUAUGUUCUCAGUGGCUCCGCAAUGAACGUUGUGUACGGAGAGGAGGAGAUGAAACGCUUCUUGGAGGAGGCUACACAGGUGUCCCAGGAGCAUCCAGUGGUCAUCACUAAGUUCAUACGUGGUGCCAGAGAGGUGGAAGUGGAUUCUGUGGCCAAGGAUGGAAAGGUUCUGGUCCACGCCAUAACGGAGCAUGUGGAAGACGCUGGGGUACACUCAGGAGAUGCCACCCUAAUGCUGCCAACCCAGACCAUCAGCCAGGGGGCGCUAGAGAAGGUGAAAAUUGCCACCCGGAAAAUUGCACAAGCAUUUGAAAUUUCGGGGCCCUUUAACACUCAAUUUCUGGUUAAAGGCAAUGAUGUCAUGGUGAUAGAGUGUAACCUGCGGGCGUCGCGCUCGUUUCCUUUCGUAUCAAAAACAAUCGGCGUGGACUUUAUCAAUGUGGCAACUAAAGUGAUGGUGGGAGAGCCUUUGGAUGAGGCCAGCCUGCCCUCGCUGGAGAAGCCGAUCAUUCCGGUAGACUACGUCGGAAUCAAGGCGCCCAUGUUCUCCUGGCCACGGCUGAGGGAUGCAGACCCCGUGCUCCGCUGUGAGAUGGCUUCAACUGGAGAAGUAGCUUGUUUUGGACCAAACAUUUAUUCGGCCUUCCUGAAGGCUAUGCUCUCCACAGGCUUUAAGCUACCGCAGAAGGGCAUCCUGAUUGGGAUUCAACAUUCGUUCCGACCCAAUUUCCUGGCUACAGCACACCAGCUGAAAGAAGAAGGCUUCAAGCUCUAUGCUACUGAAGCCACUUCUGCUUGGUUAUGUGCCAAUGAUGUUCCUGCCAUCCCAGUAGCUUGGCCCACUGAAACGGGAGGAGACACCAGCUUGCCCAGUAUUCAAAGGCUGAUCAGUGAAGGUCAUAUUGACCUGGUGGUCAACUUGCCCAAUAACAACACUCGCCACCUGAAAGCCAACUUCCUGAUCCGCAGAAUGGCCGUUGACCAUGGUGUUCCCCUUAUUACCAACUACCAGGUGGUGAAGCUGUUUGCUGAGGCUAUUCGCUACGCGGGUGAACUCGACACGACCAGCCUCUUCCACUACCGGCAGAAAGAAAGGCAACACAAAGAGGCUAGCCAACAGAGCUAGAGCUUACUUCCCCGUCUUUCCUACAUCUUUGAUUCCCAUUGUAAGGCAGCAGUGUAAAGUGGGAGCAACAUUUUUGUAGUACAAUUAAUUAAAAAUUCCUUGUUUCUUUUUUCCUAUCGCACAGUGUCAACAAGGUGUUCGGGUUACUUCAGUGGCUUCACGAUAAGGCCAAAACCCAAUAGUUUACAAUGCAUAAUAAAAACUUGGUACAACAGCUUGCAGUUGUUAUAAGCUGUUGAUAAAAUGGACUGUGGACCAGGUUGGCCACUGAUAUUUCCUUAAAGGUCAGAGGUUAAGCAGUCCUUUAGAGGAAACAUUCUAACCAGCUAAAAGAGUGAACAACUAUCUCACUUGAUUACAACAGACAUCAGCCAAAGAGACAUUUACUAACCUCAAAGUCAAAGUUAUUCUUAUUGAUGGCUAAUUGUUGACCUAUGUAGCAUUCUAGAGUAAGUUAAUGGUGAAUAGGGACUCAUUACUUAGAACCUAUACCCAGCUAUGAAGGGUAAGUUAUUAUGAAGUGGUACCAAAGAGGGUAUCUCUGGAUUUUUCAUUAAAGUUCUAGGGGCAGUUUAUAGACUUAGUUGUACGUUUCGUGUGUGAGCUUAUGUGUAUUUGAUGAAAACUUUCAACUUCUUAGCUCUCUCUGACUUCAUUUUAAUACCUGUGGUUUGGCCAAAGGACUUUUUGCUCAUCUGAUCUCAUUUAUAAACUGUUUUAUACUUAAAUGGUGAUAAAAUGUUCUAUCUGCAACUCUGACAAGAACUGUAGAUGAAGUAGCUGCAAUGAAAUAAUAAAACUGAUGUAUUUUUCAAGAGCUCCCACGUGGAACAGUGGCUUUGAAAAUUGAACUUGGUGACAGCUGUUCUGUUUAUAUAUUUGGAUAUGUAUAUACUGUAUGUUUCAUACCGAGUCUGCAUCAGAACCUGCUCUGCAUUUUAAAACAUCACACUGCAAAUACAUCAAACACUAUAGAGUAGCGACAUUACAUUAGGUUUCUGUUAAUGUGUGUGUGUUAUAUAAGAAUCCACUAAAACACAGUGUAGUCUUCUUUCACAUUAUGUCCACUCUCUGUGUGUUCAAUGUGUUUGCUCGAGACAUGCAUUAAAAUCAGCGUACUUUCCCUCCCACACCACAGUGUCUGCUUUUAAGAGUCUAUUCACACACAACACAAUACAACUGUAUAAGCAAACGAGAUGGUGUACAAUUUGGCACAAGAGCUUAAUAAAAAAUAAAUAAAUACAGCAUUCUG